AUGUCGCUGCUGCAGUCCGCCCUCGACUUCCUGGCCGGGCCCGGCUCGCUGGGCGCCGCCAGCCGCGACCAGAACGACUUCGUGGGGCAGACGGUGGAGAUGGGCGACAUGAAGCUGCGCGUCAAGCGCGUCAUCGCCGAGGGUGGUUUUGCCUUUGUUUAUGAAGCUCAAGAUCUUGGAAGUGGCAAAGAUUAUGCUUUAAAGCGAUUGUUGUCCAAUGAAGAGGAAAAGAACAAAGCCAUCAUUCAGGAAGUUUAUUUUAUGAAAAAGCUUUCAGGUCAUCCCAACAUUGUACAGUUCUGCUCUGCUGCAUCUAUAGGAAAAGAAGAAUCAGACACGGGACAGGGAGAGUUUCUUCUGCUUACUGAGCUGUGUAAAGGACAGCUGGUGGAAUUCUUAAAGAGAGUAGAGUCCAAGGGACCUAUCUCCUGUGAUACAGUAUUGAAGAUCUUUUAUCAGACCUGCAGAGCAGUGCAGCAUAUGCAUAAACAGAAGCCUCCAAUUAUGCACAGAGACUUAAAGGUGGAAAACUUGCUUAUUAGUAAUCAAGGGACAAUUAAACUUUGUGACUUUGGUAGUGCUACGACUGUAGCUUACUAUCCUGACUACAACUGGUCUGCACAGAAGAGAGCGUUGGCUGAAGAAGAGAUUACAAGGAAUACCACACCAAUGUAUAGGGCACCAGAGAUGAUAGACUUGUAUUCCAAUUUUCCAAUUGGUGAAAAACAAGACAUUUGGGCGCUGGGCUGUAUCCUGUACUUGCUAUGCUUCAGGCAGCAUCCAUUUGAAGAUGGAGCUAAACUUCGCAUAGUCAAUGGGAAAUACGUAAUUCCACAGAAUGACACCCGCUAUUCGGUGUUUCAUGACCUCAUUCGUUGCACUUUGAAGGUGAAUCCAGAGGAGAGGUUGUCAAUAACAGAACUUGUGAACCAAUUGCAGGAGAUUGCAGCAGCUAGGAAUGUUAACCCUAAAUCUCCUAUCACUGAGCUCCUGGAACAGAAUGGAGGCUAUGGAAACAAUGCGCAGCCUCGGACAUCUGGGACGUCAGUUUCACAGAGCUCCAAGCCCGCAGGACAGCUCAACAACAUGUACAAUGCAGGCCUGACCGUUGCUGAAUGUGACCAAACUUAUGGAGGAUUCUUUGAUAUCCUGAGAGGUGGAACAGAGCGAUUCUUCACUAAUAUUAAGGAUACAUCUUCUAAAGUUAUCCAGUCUGUGGCCAAUUAUGCAAAAGGAGACUUGGAUAUAUCAUACAUCACUUCCAGAAUUGCUGUGAUGUCCUUUCCAGCUGAAGGUGUAGAGUCUGCCAUCAAAAAUAACAUAGAAGAUGUGCGGUUAUGUUUAGACUCUAAACACCCUGGGCACUAUGCGGUGUACAAUCUUUCGCCAAGAACAUACAGGCCUUCAAGAUUCCAUAAUAGGGUUUCAGAAUGUGGCUGGCCAGCAAGAAGAGCACCCAAUCUUCAGAAUCUUUAUAGCAUAUGCAAGAACAUGCAUUUGUGGUUGAAACAAGAUCAGAAAAAUGUUUGCAUUGUGCAUUGCCUUGAUGGAAGAGCAGCAUCUGCUGUUGUAGUUUGUUCUUUUCUAUGUUUCUGUCGUCUCUUCACAACUGCUGAGGCUGCAGUUUAUAUGUUCAGUAUGAAACGCUGUCCUCCUGGCAUUUGGCCUUCUCAUAAAAGGUACAUUGAAUACAUGUGUGACAUGAUGGCCGAGGAGCCCAUUAUUCCUCACAGCAAACCCAUCGUGGUCAAGUCCAUCACCAUGACCCCAGUUCCUCUCUUCAGUAAGCAGCGCAAUGGCUGCAGGCCUUUUUGUGAGGUGUACGUGGGGGAUGAGAGAGUGACCACCACCUCCCAGGAAUACGACAAAAUGAAGGAGUUCAAAAUUGAAGAUGGCAAAGCAAUAAUUCCACUAGGUAUAACAGUCCAAGGGGAUGUUCUCAUUGUGAUUUAUCAUGCCAGGUCAACACUGGGAGGCAGACUGCAGGCCAAGAUGGCUUCUAUGAAGAUGUUCCAGAUUCAGUUCCACACAGGUUUUGUGCCCCGAAAUGCCACCACAGUGAAAUUUGCCAAGUAUGAUCUGGAUGCUUGUGACAUUCAAGAAAAAUAUCCUGAUUUGUUUCAAGUCAAUCUGGAAGUGGAGGUGGAGCCCAGAGAUAGACCUAGCUGUGAACAGCCCCCGUGGGAUAACAUGAACAUCAAGGGACUGAAUCCCAAGAUCCUUUUCUCCACCAGGGAGGAACAACAAGAAAUUUUAUCAAAAUUUGGGAAACCAGAGCUGCCUAGACAACCAGGUUCAACUGCACAGUACGAGGCAGAAGCAUCCCAACUGGAGCAGUCUUCAGAAAGCAUUCCCACCGAGACAGAAUCUCCACACAGCAGCAGUACUGAGGCAAACAACUUCUUCCAUUCUCUGGACUGGAAAGAUGGAAAAAGUUCAGAAAGUGGAGUAGAAGACAACUCAUCCAGAAACGAUCAUGUUCAGCUAACUGAUGACAGGGAGGAGAGCGAUCCUUCUGAUGAGGAAUUCCCUACGUUUUCGGGAGAAGAAAGGGCAGUAACUGAUGAAAAAGACUCAACUACUCCAGAAGGAGAGUUGCUUUUUGAAGCCAAUUUUGAAACACCAUCUGCUCAGUUACAAAAACCUGUGGCUGAAGAGAAUGUCGAUUUACUGGGACUGGACUCUGAUGUAUCACCAGAACAGAAGCAGCCCGUCUCAGAAAUAAAUCCUUCACCAAGCAAUGCAGACUUAUUGAACAACCUUUUUGUGGGCAGCACAUCACAGAUUUCCAAAGAGUCCACUGGAGAUCUCCUAGGAGAAGGAACAGAUUUCUUCUUCAGUAGUCAGUCUCAGCAGCCAGUUACUGCACAGACGAUGUCAGCAGCAGCAGCCGUGUCUUCUGUUGAUCCUUUUGAUCCAUUCACAAUGUCAUCAAGUCCUGAGAAUCCAACCCUGUCUGGUCCGGACCUCUUUGGAGAUUUCCUUAAUCCAAAUUCAACAUCUACAUCAAAUACAUUUACUUCCACACCGCUUCCACCUUCUUCCAGCUCAGACUUCUUGAACUUAGGGAAUUUGGCAGCAGAGCCACCUAAAAUAUCAUCAUCUUCAAGCCAACCUGACCUCUUAGGAGGAUGGGAUUCUUGGGCAGAUUCCUCAACAGCUAGCAAUGUGGCAUCACCACAGAUGAAGAAGACUCUGUUUGAAGGUCAGGCUUUUACCACAGGGAGCCAGUCCAGUGUGUCUUCGGGUCCAUCCUUCAGCCAAGCUAAAUCUCAGAACUUUGACCCUUUUGCUGAUCUUGCCAACCUUGGAUCUGGUCUUCCAGGUCCCUCCAGCGGUGGAUUCCCAGCCAGUGGGUUUGCCCAGAAGCCUGCUCCGUCCCACAAGCCUGGAAGUCAGUGGCAGAAAAACACAAAACCACAGGGUGCUUCAUGGCAGUCACAGCCUAAACCCAGCGCAGCAGCUAAACCCAAUUACACGGUGAACUUCAGUGUCAUUGGAGGGCGAGAAGAAAGGGGAGUCAGAACCCCAGGUUUUGGUCAAAAGCCAAAGGUUUCAGAAAAUGACUUUGAAGAUCUCUUAUCUAAUCAAGGAUUUUCAGCUAAAUCUGAUAAGAAGGGACCAAAGACUAUUGCUGAGAUGAGAAAACAAGAAAUGUCAAAAGAUAUGGAUCCCUUGAAACUGAAGAUUCUUGAAUGGAUUGAGGGAAAGGAGAGAAACAUCAGAGCGUUAAUAUCCACUCUGCAUACUGUGCUUUGGGAAGGGGAGAACAAGUGGAAACCAGUUAGCAUGGCAGAUCUGGUAACUCCUGAACAAGUAAAAAAGUACUACAGAAAAGCAGUACUUGUAGUUCACCCAGACAAGGCCACAGGACAGCCUUACGAGCAGUAUGCCAAAAUGAUCUUCAUGGAGUUGAGUGAUGCAUGGUCAGAGUUUGAAAACCAGGGUUCAAAGUCCCUUUUCUAAAACUUCACCUCAUUUCCAGUAACAUGAAGCUGAGCCAUGGGGCUGAGCACUGUUGUGACCUUAAUGCGCCUACAAUUUAGGAAAUACUUUGCUUUCAGAACAGUUUGAAGUCAUACACUUAAAUGUGAUGUAUUUUGUAAGAUGUAGUAUAAAGCAUUACAUAGAGGCAUUAAGCUGCUCAGUACUUCAAGAAAUUAGUCUGGGAGUAGGGAUUUCUUAUCAACUUUAAAUAUGGUAAAAUGGAAUUUUAAUGAUGUUUCCUGGUAUCUGGUAUACUAGUAUAAAUUGUAAAUCAUUCCAAAUCUGUUGAUCUCUGCUUGACCACUCCCCCCUCAAUUUUUUAUCCUCGUUAGCUUUGUGUGAUUUGAUUUUGAUGUUUGCCUGUCGCCUUAUUCAAAGUGCUUUAGUUAUCAGCAGUGCAUUUGCUUGGCUUAUCUCAAAUCUGCAGGUGUAUAUUUUCAGCUGUAUUUUAUGUAAUCAAUCUGAUAAUCAUUCUGUAAAUUAAAAUGUUUUCUGACAAUACCUGUAUCCCUUACAAUGAUAUAGCUAGCUGUUUAGUCAAAGAUCCCAACUGUGGGAGAGUUGGGCAGAGUUGCCGUUCUUCUUUUUUUAACAUAUCAUGAACACAGAAAAAAAAUCUUGGCUUUAAGAUCUGCAUGUUCCUGUUUUAUUUAUUGUAAAUUUGGAAGGCAACACUGUGUGCUUAUUUUCCAAGUUCUUUAAAUUGUAUCUCUUAAGAUUUCAGUGGAAUGUGCCUUCUAUUGAACUUUACUUUUAUAGAAACAAUGUCAUUCUGAAACUUGAAGUGUGAGCACAAAACAUUUUAUCCCUUUUACUCAGUAAAUGUUAGUUGUAGGGUUGUCAUCUGGAGAGCAUUUUGAGUGCUUUGACUCUUUUCUGCAUGUCUGAACUUCUGUAUUUUGAGAUAUGCAUGACAUCAGAAUAUGUGGAGAAAAGCAAGGUGCAUCUGUAGUGUCACAUUUCUGUUCCUGCACCUUCCAUGCACUGGCUGGUGCAAAAUGAGUCAAAGACACAACUUCAGGACAAAAACUUGCCAUUUUUCUCAUCCCUCCUGAAAUGGCAGUUUUUCAGCAGUGCUGGAGUAGGUGCAUGCAAAGGACCACUUGUGUAAUAAUGAGCUUCAGAUCUCAUAGCAAGUUUGGAAGUGCUGAAAGUCAUUAUUGCUGUGUUGACGUUUCGGUCACCGUCUCUUGGAACAAAAGUUCAGGCAUUCAAGGGGAUAAAGAUACUUCAGACAUCUUGUCAUUCCAUCCGUUUUUCAUGCUUAACUAAAAAGUUAUAUAACAUCAAAGGAAAACUGUAUAACGUUG